AUGCUUCAACCAAAUAUUUCCAUUAUUGCAAAAAUCCAUUUGUUAGGAUUUAAAAGCUCACAGAAUCUAAAUUACGUUCUCUUUACCAUUUUCCUUAUUGUCUACUGUCUGACGUUAUGUGGAAACCUCCUCAUGGUAACCCUGGUGACACACGUCAGAGAACUUCACCAGCCCAUGUACUUUUUCCUCACACAACUGUCUAUUGCUGACGUCUUACUGACCACAGACGUUGUCCCUAGUCUGCUCCAUGUUCUACUGCAUAAAGUUGGGAUAAUUUCCUUUGCAGCCUGCAUUGCCCAGUUAUUUAUAUUUGCCUUCUGUGAGGGUUCAGAGUGUUUUCUAUUGACAGUCAUGUCUUAUGACAGGUAUUUGGCCAUCUGUAACCCAUUACGUUACACCACCAUCAUGAAUCACAAUUUGUGCCUGAAGUUGAUCGUCAUAAGUUGGUUGCUGGGUUUUUCUUUGUCGACGGUUGAAAUGACACCAACAUCCUUGCUAGAAUAUUGUGGACCAAACACAAUCGACCACUUCUUCUGUGAUAUGCCUCCAGUACUCGAGCUAUCCUGUUCAGAUACCAGCGGUGUGCAGUUGGAAAUUAUGUUAAUAUCUACCCCUGUUCUUUUCUGUGUUUUUAUAAUAAUUAUAAUGUCCUAUAGUUAUAUCAUCUCUGUCAUCCUGAAGAUUUCUUCAUCUACUGGUAGACAGAAAGCCUUCUCCACCUGCAGCUCCCACCUCACUGUGGUCUCCAUAUUCUAUGGAACAUUAUUUGGUGUUUAUAUACUUCCAACCAAAGGCCAAUCGUUGAAUAUAAACAAAUUAUUGUCACUGCUGUACACUGUUGGGACUCCGUUGAUGAAUCCUGUGAUAUACAGCUUAAGGAACUCACACAUCAUUAAAACAUUUGGAACAUUUAAAAUUAAUUUCUUGCAGAAGAUACAAAAAGAAAUAUAG